AUGCAGACCCGAAUACCUCUACCACGUCCAGUGCAGCCGUUGCAUGUCUACCGUCACCUGCUGCGCUCUGCCACCUACUUUCCUCCCUCCAUACGGCCCUUCCUCGAUCAUCGCAUACGAACUACCUUCCGAAACGAGCGAGAUCGAAUGGCAGAAAGCGAGCUUAAAAUCCUCGAGUCCCUCAACCCAGCAGAAGAUCGAGAGAAGGAGGAGGACCGCCGCAAAAAGGUCCUUGCCGACGCAAAACACAAGGUUCCUGCGCUCCAGGCUGCCGUCGAAGGCGAUCAGGACCGCCUACGACGUGUCAUGUGGCAUGUUUUUGGCCGACUUGGCAAAUCCCGCCGCGAGCUUAUGGCUUCGUUUGUCCUCAAGGGGUCGGACCCGAAUGCCGACCCCGCCAAGCUAGAAGAGCUCGCAAGGAAAAAGGAGAUGCAGAGAGAGAUGAUGAAAAAGCGCGCCAAAGUCCACCCAUGGAACCGCACAUACACCUGGGACGAGCCCACGCCCUGGCUUCGGCAGCAUCUCAGUCCCAUGGAAGAAAAUUGGGACCUCCCCAAGCUGGAUCGAUACCUCAGGUCGCAAAAGAGUCACCAACGUAACAUAACGGGCGCCGCCUUUCCUAGAGGCACAAUUGGCGAUCUCGAUCCAACAAAAGACGUACCCGAGCAGGACGGCUGGGGCCGUCCAGUUGCAUUGCGGAGAGUGACCAAACUCACAAGAAAGUUCUGGAAGGCCCAGGCCGACAAAAUCAUGCCCCCGGUAUCACAGGAAGAGUGGGAGUCCUUGGAGCAACUCGCAUCCGGAGAGGCGCCUCCCGAGAUGUACAAGAUGUUAAAACGAAGGCGUAUCGCUGGUCCUCCUAUGAGAGCCCCCGAAGAUUGGCAAUCUUCCGCCCAUAUCCCUGUCCGCGACGUCGAGAGAGCUGGUCAACGAAAACUCGAACUGCUCACCGGCAAGAAGGACCUUGGUCCAUUUUCGCAAGCACGUCGCCUCCUUGUUGAAUACGGCAGUAAGACGGGUCGGCUUGGAAUUAAGGAGAGCGAACGCCCCAUCUUCUCCAGGCGCGCUGUGCGGCGCGAAUAUCUCAAGAUGUGGCAGGCAACCUCAUAUAUGAAGGGGCCCGCAAACAAAGCGGCAAGGCCUGUGUGGGGUCGCGUAGAACCAAAGUUGCCCGUGGUCACUGCGGCACACCAUCAUUUCUUCGAGGGCGUCGAUGCUCAGGGGCGCAUGCCGAAGCCAGAGUCACCCAAGUCUGCAACGACCAGCAGCCCUAUGCCUGACGGUGAGAAAGCCCACCCUAAGGGUUCAAAGCAAGUCAGUUCCGGUGGUGAAGCCGGCGCGACCAGCGAGCCUCGGUCCAAGUCGCCUGAUUCCGAGAAGUCCAGAACACCAGGCGACUUUGAAGCAAAGCCUCGCGACUUCAAACCCCCAAAGCCAUAUAGACCUCCACGUGAAGUUGACUCCACGCCAGGCAGCUUCGGAAACUUCAAAUUUUCUAAGCCCAGAGAUUCCAGGCCGUGA